GGCCUACACUCUUUCGACAAGGUAUGGUAAGCAACAAGUAUAACGAUAGAAAGUGUGCGUCAUCUUAUCAAAAGAACCACCAAUUGAAGCUCAACUGCUGUCAUCAAAUAUGUUCUUUGUUGGAGGAGACUUUCCACAAUGAAGAUUCUAAUCGCCUUCAUGUGUGCUUGUGUGUUUGUUGUACAUGAUGUUUCUCCAAUUUCCAUGCACCAUGAUAAAUUUAUUGUUAGUCCUAAAUUAGACAUUAAGUUGCUGUUACCGAUAUUCAACAUUGUUUUCGACCGAGUUGAAGAAAAAUUAACGCAUCUGACUCAAACGAUCUCAUCUAAUCUCGCCUGGGCUAGAGACGUUUUGAAAAAAUCGGUGCUAGAAAUGUUUCCUUCAGAUAAACCUUCGGAAAAGCUGUGUUUUAAUUUUAAUACGAUUCACGAAGACGGGUACACAUUCCUGAUGUUGGAAUCCUAUCGUGGAAACAUCAAAGCUGUUCAGUUUUUACUGGCAUUAAAAGCUGAUGUGAAUGCUGUUGCGAAAAAUGGGAAAACAGCUUUGAUUCUGGCAUCAAUGGCUGGACAUGAUCAAAUUGUCGAGUUACUUCUGAAGCAUAACGCCAAUUUUGAUCAAACUUUGGACUAUGGAAUCAAUGCACUUAUGAUAGCUGCAGUAAAUGGAUAUGAGAAAACAGUGGAGGUUUUCUUACAAAAUGACAUACAUAUAAAUAAAGACAUUAGACAAAAACACAAUGCACUAACGCUUGCAGUUUACCGAAACCAUACACAUAUUGUAAAGUUAUUCCUAGAGUAUAGCAUCAUAAAAAAUAUAAAGUUGGGUAAACAGGUUUUAUCGCAGUCUCUCUUAACGGCAUCGAAUCAAGGCAAUACAGCUAUAGUUGACUUGCUUCUAAAUUAUAUCUCAGAUGAUGAAUCUAUAGCACUUUGUGCGCUGCUUGCAUUUUCAAAGUAUCAACAUUCGGUUCUGGAGGUAUAUUUUAAGCAUUAUCAAGUUGAUUCAUUACACAUAGGAGACUCUACUUUGCUGUCGUAUGCCGCAUUUAAAGGCGAUGACAAAAAUAUGAAAUUUCUACUAAAACAUAAAGCAAAUGCAAGCCAAGUUUUACCAUCAGCUUACGAUUUUGCUAGUGCUUUAAUGAUAGCCGCAACGAAAGGUCAUAUAAGCACGGUGAAUUUGUUAUUAAAACAUAAUGCUAAUGUGAAUUACAUAAGUAAGAAAGGUGUUACCGCCCUGCUAUUGGCAAUAAACAGGGAUUAUGAUAAGAUAGUAGAACUACUUCUGCAGAACAAAGCAAAAGUGAAUAUGAAGAGUAAUGGAGACGUGACUGCGUUAAUGUUUGCCGUCGAUAACAGUUCUAGAAAAAUUGUAGAGAUACUGUUAAAGUAUGGUGCUAAUGUAGACCACUUUUCAAAAAAAGGGUACACUGCUUUAAUUGGUGCAGCUAAAAAGGGACGUAAUGACAUUGUAGAAUUGCUUCUUGAGCAUAAAGCAAAUGUUCAUCAGAAAGACUUUGAGUAUGGGCGCAAUGCUUUAAUGUUUGCAUCUUACGAAGGACAUUAUAAUACAGCAAAGCUGCUGUUACAGCACGGUGCUAUGGUGGAUGAUGUUAAUAUUUUUGGCUAUACAUCACUUAUGGCUGCAGCAGAAAGAGGCCAUGACCUUGUAGUUGAACUCCUGUUAGCUCACGGAGCAGACGUUAAUAAAGUGCACAUGUUUAAUGGCAACGCUUUAAUGGCAGCUUCUUCCAUGGGCCAUCUCACGACUGUAAAACUGUUAUUAAAACACAACGCUAGCACUAGCCAGAUAAACGAAUUCGGACAAACAGCAUUAGAUAUAGCUGUUCAACAAAAUUAUACAGAAAUUGUUGAGCUGUUGCGACAGUACACCGCGCCUCAAGACGUUUCCCAUCAUGAAAUCUCAGACCAGCAAAUGUCUCCAGAAACAAGACAUUCUCUAUCACCCGACACAGACACAUCUAGCAGCACCUUAACAGUAGCGGGAAACUAUGAAGAUGACUCUUUAUUGUUGUCAUACAACCAUUUAUUCCUUCAACUUUUACUCUUCAUCUUAGUUGUAUCGGUAAUAUCAACCUAUUUCAUUCAAACAGACCCAGAUGAUGCUAAUUUUAGAACUUUUUUCAAUCUAUCCGCUGAAGUUGCAAAGUUUACUAAAAACAACUCAACUCUUAUGAAAAAACUGCGUUCAACUUUCACUGAAAGCAGUGUAAAAACAACAGAGCCAAAAUUAAUUUGUUCAUUAUUUGGCCUGAACGAGCUUUUCGAAAGCUACCUACUUCAGCUAGACAUUGGCUCUAUCAGACAUCAAUCUCUGGACUUUUACAUACAAAGAUGGCUGAAGACCACAGUCCAGGCAAUAGAAGAGACAGACCAAUCAGCUUCAUUGUAUGAAUGUAUGCUUAGAAUUGGUUUAUCACAGGAAAUGGCCAGCACAUAUUUAGAAAAUCUAAGCCAAGAAUUCAUCAAUAUGUAUUCAUCUCUGUAUUGGUUGUCUCGGUAUUUUAAAAACUUGGCCUCGGUGAAUCCUUUGAUUACCAAUUUACCCAGGAGUUGUGUUUUUGAUGGGGAGAUGGGUGUUUGGGAAACUCGAGAAGUGCGACGCGACGGCCAAACGUUUACAAUUCAAGUCUUAAACGAGAAGUCGUUCCCUGUACACGAUAGGCAUGGUCGUGAUUUAACCUGCGACAGAAUAAACCGCUACCUGAAGAAAAAAAAGUCCGCUGAUUAUAUCUACCUUUAUCACGGUACUUCUUUGGCGUCCGCAGAAAAAAUCGUCGUGAGUCGCGGAAUUGAUUUACGACAAGGCUCCAAAAAUUUAGACUUCUCGCACGGCACUGGUUUCUAUGUGAUAAAUUACCUUCCAAAAUGUAUUGAGUGGAGUUCUAAUGCUAGACCGGAAAACCACGCAAUCAUUAUUUACAAGGUCAGCAAAACAGAAAUGGAAAAAAGAAACGGACUUAUUCUGGACAACGAAGAACAAUGGGGUAGAGUUAUUAAGGCAUGCCGAAGUGGUUUUAAAGGUGAGAUUGGAUCUGAGGUCGAGGACGAGCUAGAAGAAUAUGAAUACGUCCGAGGCUACAUCUGCUCCAAUGGUAGAGCUAUAGAAAAAGAUGCGGCGGUUCCACUUCAAGUGAUGCAGGAAAUUGUUGAGGGCGAUGUACCGUGUCGACCUUUACAAACGUGCAUUUUAAAGAAAAAGUGUGCUGUAUGGUUUAACUCCAAUAUUUUUGGAGUCGUUGUUUACAGAACGCAUUAA